CUGCUGUUACGUCUGCAAACCCGCAACUGAGCUAGCCAGUCUUCAAACUCUCACGAAGUGUCAUAGGAGCAAUUUACUCUCUCUACAUACAAAGUAGCAGUACAAGUUUUUCAUUUUCCUAUUCGAAGCAUGCGCCAGAUUAUCAUCAAACGAAUAUGAGCUUGAAGGAAAAGGCUUCUCUGUUUUUCUUUUCUUCGAAGGCUGUGACAGUAUUAGCUUAAGAUGUCACCUGCGUGAGUCGUUAUAGAUUGUUCAGAUAUUAAUUUCUGCUUGGUUCAGUUCUAGCAAAGAUGCCAUCAUUAGUAUCACCGCGGUUGCUCUUUCUUGUUGGAGAGACAAUACACUUGAAGAAACUAUCACGUGAUUCUAGCUCAUCUUUGUGUCAACGCAGUGUGCGGUUUUUUAGUCGUGUUGACCGGGACAAAAAUGCACCUCUUACUCUUGCAAAUCUUGGGUUUAAUACCGAGUUUGAGACAACUACCAAAAAUAAAAGAAAUAAACUGGAGAAUGUGAAAGUGAAUUAUCCGAUUGAAGCACCGAAAAGUAGAGAGAAGGUGGCUACAAGCAACAAGAGUAGAGCUGUUAGAGUGAAAAAUACACUCGAAAUAGAGUCCGCUCCAUUUGCUGCAAAGUCAUUUUCUGAGCUUGGCCUUCCACCUCCGUUGAUAGAAAGAUUAGAGAGGGAAGGGUUUAAUGUUCCAACUGAUGUUCAGUCUGCAGCAAUCCCGACUAUUCUCAAGAAUCAUGAUGCUGUCAUACAGUCGUAUACUGGGUCUGGAAAAACGCUUGCAUAUGUACUUCCCAUACUGUCUGAAGUUGGGCCGCUGAAGAAUAAUUCGUCUAGUGCUGAUAAAGAAACUGGGAAGAAAACAGAGAUAGAAGCAGUUAUUGUGGCUCCUUCUAGAGAGCUAGCUAUGCAAAUAGUGAGAGAGGUUGAGAAACUGUUAGGACCUGAAAACAAGAGAGUGGUUCAACAACUUGUAGGAGGUGCAAACCGGUCAAGACAGGAAGAAGCUUUAAAGAAAAACAAGCCAUUAAUUGUUGUGGGUACCCCUGGCAGGAUUGCAGAAAUUAGUGCAGCGGGUAAACUUCAUACCCAUGGUUGUCGUUUUUUAGUCUUAGAUGAAGUUGACGAGCUUCUUUCAUUUAACUUCCGGCAGGACAUCCACCGAAUAUUGGAACAUGUAGGGAGGAGAUCAGGGGCAGACUCUCAGGGACACAAAAAUUCACUUGUGAGAUGGGCUGAUCGUCGGACUAUCAUGGUAUCUGCAACAGUGCCAUUUUCUGUUGUAAGGGCUGCUAGGAGCUGGGCAUGUGACCCACUUCUUGUCCAAGCAAAAAGUGUCAUUCCACUUGAAUCUCUCACUCCUGGAACUGUUAAUCCGUCCAGGCCUACUUCUAGUUCAAACUCAGACUCGAAUUUGCUGCAUCAGGCAACAGAGCAGAGCCUUCCUCCAGCAUUGAAACACUAUUAUUGCGUCACAAGGUUGCAGCAUAAGGUAGAUACUUUGAGAAGAUGUGUUCAUGCACUAAAUGCACAGUCUGUGAUAGCCUUUAUGAACCAUACAAGGCAACUAAAAGAUGCUGUCUUCAAACUAGAGGCUCGUGGGAUGAAAGCUGCAGAGCUCCAUGGGGAUCUUGGCAAGCUUGGUAGGUCAACAAUUCUAAAGAAAUUUAAAAGUGGAGAGGUGAGAGUUCUCGUAACGAAUGAACUUGCAGCAAGAGGCUUGGAUGUUCCAGAAUGUGAUCUUGUUGUCAGCCUUGACUUGCCUACGGACUCGAUUCAUUACGCACAUCGAGCUGGAAGGACUGGCCGGCUUGGGAGGAAGGGCACUGUGGUGACAAUUUGCGAGGAGCGAGAAGUGUUUGUUGUGAAGAAACUGCAGAAGCAGCUUGGGGUCCCUAUUCCUGCUUGCGAUUUUACAGAGGGCAAGCUUAUUGUUACUGACAAAGAGGAGAAACAUGUGGAGACUUUAAGUUGAUGGACAUCAUUCUCAUUAUAUCUUGUGGUUCUGCUUAUUGCCAUCAAGAUGACGGAUAAUGAGAUAUCCCUACUGUUUUCAAUCCCAACUGUUUUCUUAAGCAGCUUGUUGCAGCUAGAUGACGUUGAGUUUGAAGUUUAUUGUGAGAUAUUCAAUUCAAUUUUUA